CACACGCAAUCCAAAUAUAGUACCAGGUGUGCCUCUGAUUCGAGUGCCUUUUCAGUUGGCGAAGAUGCCGAGAGGAUUUCUAGUGAAGAGAAAUAAGAAAGCGACACCUGUUUCGUACCGGAUCCGCUCGGACGAGGAUGAACAGGCAGCGUUUUCAGUCGCGCAAGAUGCGCCGCGCGUUACGCACAGUCCGGCAUCGCCGCGCACGGAUUCGACCGCUAUGUUUUCCGCGCAGGAGGCAAAACCGGUGCAGUUUGGGAACCCGGAGACAGUGUACAAAUCCAUGUACAGCCCGACGCGACCCGUGAGCAGGGAGCACGAGAGGGCGUGCUUGGAGAGGCGAUUCAAUCUGGGCUCGCCAAUUUCGGCGGAAUCCUUCCCGGCUGCGCCCAACACCUCCGAUCACGUGCCAUUCGCCCCCGUGGAUCUUAAAAUAGGCACCAGCAACAGCAACCGAACCGGUACCAGCAACCCGACCGCACUAACCACCAAAAGACCCGCAUCGGACAUCGAGCGCAAAGGCAAACCCGCAUCCAAGAAAGUCAAAGUCAUGAGGAAACUGCAGUUCGAGGACGAGGUGACCACAUCUCCAGUGCUGGGCUUGAAGAUCAAAGAGGGUCCCGUGGAGCAGAAGCCCAGAUCUCAGUCAGCAGCAGGCGACAAGCCGUUGGGCGAGUUCAUUUGCCAGUUGUGUCUGGAGGCGUACGCGGAUCCGUUCUCUCUGGCGCAACACAAAUGCUCCAGGAUUGUGCGGAUCGAGUACAGGUGCCCCGAAUGCGACAAGCUCUUCAGCUGUCCGGCUAACCUGGCAUCGCACAGGCGCUGGCACAAACCCAAACCGCAAAACCCACCGGGCACCAACCAGGAGAGCAACAAGAUGCCCGCACCCGACAAGAGCAUCUCCUGUGAUGAGCCUAAGGAAAUGUCCAGCGACAGAGACACUCCCAGUCCCGUCUUGUCGGAAUCUGGAUCUGAAGAUGGCCUGUAUGAUUGUCAGCACUGUGGGAAGAAAUUCAAACGUCAAGCGUACUUGAAAAAGCACAUUAUUGCGCAUCACGACGGAUCCGACAAAACCCAAAGCCAAGCACCUUUGAAUCUGAGCGCCUCGGAGUGCCACCUGUGCCCGGUGUGCGGAGAAAACUUCCCCUCUCGAGUCAACCAGGAGAGGCACAUCCGUCUGCAGCACUCCGCGCAGGUGUAUCCCUGCAAAUACUGCCCGGCCAUGUUCUACAGCUCACCUGGACUAACAAGACACAUCAACAAAUGCCAUCCGUCGGAAAACAGGCAGGUCAUUCUGCUCCAAAUGCCUGUGCGUCCAGCCUGCUGAGAAUAAGAAAGAAAGAAACCUGUGCCUUAAAAACCACAGAAAUGAACCUGGAUGAUCACUAGUGAAUGUUGAACCAGAGACAAAUGUAAGGUACCUAGUUUAUCCGGAGGAGGUGAAAUAACAGGUUAGACUGUUUGUUUAUUUUUCUAGGAUCUUCGCACAAGUGCUUUUAGCUUUUAGACCUAAGAAUCCUAGAACAUGCCUUGAAUUCACAGGCUGUACAUGUGUUUCCAUCAUUCUAGCUUUAAUAUAGCUUGUGAAUCUGUGGACUUUUGACUGUAGCUUUCUAAAUAACUUAUGGACAAGGGUUUCUCCCUGUAGUGUAGCCAGAAAUGCCUUGAAUUAGAUCUGAACAUGCUGUAAAACUGCCUUAAUCAUGUAAAUGUUGGAGUGAUUGCGGUUCUUUGUAAUAUUGUUUUUUUUUUUAAUAUUAUUAUUAUUGUGUGUAUAUGUUUGUGAUUAUUUAUCCUAUUAUUACUUAUUUAUUUCAAAAGUUUUAUUUAAAUUAUUUGUUCGCCUUAUUGAUUUUGAAUUUGUGUGGCCAACCAAAUGUUUCCCUUUAUUGAUCUAAAGAUCGAUCUUUGUCAACCGAAAGUUUGGAUUUCACUUUGCAUUAGAUACAAUCGUUUAUUUAUUUAUUUAUUUAUUUAUUUAUUUUAUGUUUUCAGCUCUUGUGUGUCUCUGCAGUUCUGCUAUUUGUCCAAAAAUGCUUAUAAUAAUAUUAAUAAUAAUAAACAGUCCAAAAAGUUGAAAUGGGAUCCACUGGUGAUGUUGCCAUGAAGACAUUUCAGCAAUCCAGAGAAAUGUGACACUGUGAUUCACAUAGAAAUACAUCAUUUGACAGUGAUAUGCAUGUCCAACUGAAGUUUGUACCAAGAUACAUCUGCACUUAAUAAAAUACAUCAACCUAAAACAGUUUCUUUAAAGUGUUUUUGACAAAUAGCACCUGUCUUUAUGUACUGUAACUCAAACCAACAAAUAAAAAGGAAAA